GAUUUGUUGUAUCGUCUCAGAACUGCAACGCUGCUCGCGGCCUCUAGUAUUCUCUUUAUUUCGCUUCUAACAAUCUAGUUUUCCUCUCAGCUUCAACACAGUAGCAACGAAGAACCCACUUUUCUCUUGAGAAUAUCUUCUUUUCUUUUUUUCUAUCUCCGUCAUUGUUUACUUUUCUCUCGGUGUGUUUCUUUUUCUACAUCUUGGGAGCACAAUCUGUUUUUAGCCCUUUUUUUGCUCGUUUCCAUCCAUCAGCAGCCUUUUUCGCCUUUAAGGAAAAAUUGCUGUUCAUCAUCGUUAUUUAUUUUCUCUUAUACAACAACUAAGACGAAAAACUGAAUACUUCUUCUUUGUAUCGUUGUUGAACUGCAAACAGAAAGGCUUUGAAUUUGAUUUGUUUUAGAGUGCUUAAAGCCACAAAGAGGAAUUGAAGGUCUUCCUAAUACUUCUUCUAUUCAUAGGCUUUACUACACUUCCCAACAAAAACCGAUAUUUUCCUUCUCCUCUUAUUUGAGUACGAAAAGUGAUACAGUCACAGUACCGUUUCUUUCUCACCAAGAGAAAUACUUAAGUGGCGUUCACUAUUCACUCACUUUGCCGUUCGUCUUUUAAGUAACUAGUCCUUUUUUGUUCCAAAGGAACGUGUUCAGAAACACGAACUUUCCUCGACAGUUACAACUACUCCCGUAUUCGCUCACAAAAAGAAACACAGUAGGAUUCGCGACAGUGAUAUUUGCUGACUUGAACACAUAACCAAGAGUCUAAGAUAAGUAACUGUACCUGACAGCACAAGACAUCGUCGUCGCAUUGAAAAUGUCCUUUUAUCGCAAUACGCAUCCUGCUACUCCGCAGCUAAAGGUGGGCCAGGUGGUGGCGUAUGACUACCUUUACAACAACAAGACGUGGCAGUGGACGCUGGGGACCGUGCGUGAGAUCAACGAAUACACCGCCACCGUCCAGCAAUGGGGACUCCACACAGGCGACGCCGACACACUCCGCUCGAUUCUCUCACGCGAGGUGGAUGGGGAGGGCAACCGCAUGAAGAGCUUUCAGGAUUCUCUUGCACUCGCGCGUGACGCUUUGGCAUCCACUCGUCGCAACAACGAGGACCGCGUCUCUCGUGCCCGCGACAACUACAACAGCGCAAGAGAGAAAAUUGAGCUGAUCGGAGAAUACGUGUCACCUCGUCAUUUGUCAGAACGCAGCCCUCGACCUUGCCGUCAACGUCCACCGGGCAAAUGA